AUGUCAUCAUCAGAAUCAGAAUCAAAUCGAAAUCGUGAACGUAUUUUCCUGGAUUCAAGUGAUCCAUCGAUACCAAUUAAAGUGUUACAUGAUUCUAAUUUACCAUCCUUCAUAAAACUUCCAUCCCCACCUUGCAUAGAUCCAUACAAGUUGGUAUUAAAUAAAAAUCAUAAACAAAGCAAUAAUAUGAAUCUUAUACCGAAAAGAGUACCAAACGCUUUUAUCCUUUAUCAUAAUGUUUUUAUUGGAAGUGCUCGAAAAGAAGGUUAUCAUUUACCAAUGACCGUUAUCUCUUCUAUGGUUUCAAAUUAUUGGAAACGUGAAUCUGAUAUUGUUAAAGGUGAAUAUACAAGAAUUUCCAAACAAGCUUUCGAAAUAAAGAAUCAGUUGUUUCCUAAAACUGUAUCUGUGAAGAAGAAGGAAAGAGAAAAGUGGAAUAUCGUUACUUUUUCAAAAGAAUCAAAUUCAAAUGAUAAUUCAUCUAAAUUAGUAUCGGAAACUUUGGGAAAGGAUUUACAUGGUCAAAAUGAUGUCAUUCAACCGAUGAUUCCAACUUGGAAGCGUCAAACAUGUUUCCAAUACACGAUCAAGAAUCAGGAAAUUACAUACAUUCAGCAUCUAAUUCGUACAUAA